CCUUCAUGGCCACCACUUCUCUUCUCUCGCCGGCCACCACCACUGCCGCCGCCGCUUCUAUCACCCACCAGUCCCGGCACCUCUCUUCCAAGUUCCCCUUCCCUAACCUCCUCUUCAAACCCACCUCUCAAACCAACGGAUCGAUAUUAUCCACCAAGCUCCACGUUUCCUCCCCAACUAACCAGCCCUCCACGACCAGCACUCCCUCCAAAUCUUUCUCCAAAAACCCCAAAGAAGAAACCAUCUUCUUCGAUGGUGGAGCCCACUACGGUGACCUCAUAGCUAAUCUGCUUCUGGGUUUCACUCUUCUGUGGCUGCCUUUGACACUGGCUGCAGUUUCGAGAGCUUUUUUCUUGAGGUACAGGUUCACCAACCUGCGGGUGACGGUCAUUUCAGGACUGACGGGUCAGGACAGAAGUGACUUCUCUUACAAGGUGAUUAAGGACGUGCAAGUGGUGCCACGUUUCAUCGGUGAGUGGGGUGAUGUUGUCAUUACCUUGAAAGAUGGGACAAAGGUUGAUCUUAGGAGUGUGCCUAGGUUUAGGGAGAUUGCAAAGUAUUGUUUAUCCAUGGCUGACAAGCCUGUUGUUUUGAAAGAAACUGGACCUAAAGGGUUCUAGAGCUUAAGCUUCCUCUUUCUUGGAAAGUUGAGAAGUCAGAUCAUUGGUUGAGGAAUUAAUGAAAUGAAAUUGGGGCACCAGAAGAUAGGGUUAUGAAAAUUUAAAGCUCUGUUGAAACAAGAAGCAAGUUGCAAGAAAGAAGAGGAGGCCUUGGAUAGUACUUUCGUUGUUCAAUCAAUCAAUUUUUCAAGUGAAUUUCUCUGAAAAUUUGUGAAGCAGAUGAUUUACAGGAACUUAAAUAUAGAUCAAAAAGGUUUUGGAUUAAUAUGCUUCACUAUUUCUUGAAAAAAUUCAAGUAGCUAGCCAGCUAGUUCAAAUUUCCUUUCAUGAAAUAGAUCCUGAAUAGCUUUGAGUCAAUACUCCAAUUUUCCAGAUUUCUCUGGAUAUGACAUCGAUCUUGAUGCAACAAUGUG